ACCACUCUAACUUUAUCAAAAAAAUAAUAAUAAUACACACAUUUCAAUUCCUUUAUAAGGUAUAAAUUAUGUAACCACCUUUCACAAACAAAUUCAAUCCAAAAACCCACAGAAAACCACUUACGAUAAUGGCCACAAUAAUCAAAUCACUAUCAAUAUUAUCAAUCUUGUUCAUACUCAAUUCCAUUCCAAUAUCAUCCUCAUGUCCAAUCCACCAAAAACAAGCACUACUCCAAUUCAAAUCCACCCUCACCACCAUUUCCAAUUCCAAUUCCGAUUCCAAUUCCGACGACUACAUCCCAUUCACAGAACUCGACUCAUGGGACCCGAAAACCGACUGUUGCACGUGGGACCGUGUCAACUGCACACGAACCCGAAACAAAACGAGAACAGUCGUCGAGCUCUACUUAUACUCCGUCGUCCCCUUACUCGAAACCCCCGUGUUCUCCAACGUUUUGACCCCGGUUUUCGGUAUCCGGACACUGAAAGUUCUAGAUAUCUCGAUGAACUCAUUGGCGGGUGAGAUUCCUGGAGAUGGGAUUGGUAAUCUUACCGGGCUGGUUCAUCUUGACAUGAUGCAGAACAACUUUAACGGCUCUAUUCCCCGCCAGAUUUUCGGGUUAACGAGUUUACGUUAUUUGGAUAUGAGUAGUAAUUCACUUGAGGGUGAGUUAUUGCCUGAAUUCGGGCUUCUGCGGAAUCUGACAACACUAGUGUUAAGUGUGAAUCACUUCAAGGGUUCGAUUCCUGCAGAGCUUUUCGAGCUUGAAUCUCUUCGGGUUGUUGAUCUAAGUAACAAUAGUUUCACGGAUGGUUUAAGUUCGGAAGUUGGUAAGCUUCGGAGUCUUGAAUCCCUUAAGCUAAAUGAGAAUUUUCUGACUGGAAACGUACCGGACGAGAUUGGAAAUCUAACGAAGUUAACAGAGCUUUCGCUUGCACAGAAUCAGUUUUUCGGUGGGAUUCUGUUGUCUAUUGGAAACUUAAAGAAUCUGGAAUCACUGGAUUUAUCAGAAAAUUUGUUAUCCGGUCAGAUUCCGGCUGGCAUUGGAGAACUAGUGAACCUGACCACCCUUGAUCUGAGCAAGAACCGAUUAACCGGUCCAAUCCAGUCAUCGUUGCGAAACUUGACAAAAUUAGAGACCCUGCGGCUCAAGAACAAUAUGCUGACAGGCGAAAUCCCAUCUUGGUUGUUCAAAAUGAAGACGUUAAAGAAACUGUUUAUAGGAGGAGAAGCGAGCAGAUUGAUUUGGAAUAAUAAAACGAAGAUCGUUCCACGAUGCAGUCUCGAACAAUUAGGCAUGCCUUCAUGUGGAAUUUCCGGUCACAUUCCCGAAUGGAUUUCAACGCAAAAAGAUUUGGAUUUUCUCGAUUUGAGUGGUAACCAAUUCGAGGGUGGAUUUCCAAAUUGGCUUGCAAAGAUGGAUGUCGGAAGCAUAAUUUUAUCCGACAACAAGCUCACCGGAAAACUCCCGCCUCAACUGUUUGAAUCUGGAAGUUUAUCGGUUCUUGCAUUGUCAAGAAACAAUUUUUCCGGUGAGUUACCGGAGAAUAUAGGCAAUGCCAGGACGAUUAUGAUCCUUAUGUUGUCCGGAAACAAUUUUUCGGGGCAUAUUCCGGUUUCAAUAUCCAAGAUUUACCGGCUGCUGCUUUUGGAUUUGUCGAGAAACCGACUUUCCGGCCCGGUUUUUGCGGAUAAUCCUCUUCUUGCUUACAUUGACUUGUCGUACAAUGAAUUCUCCGGUGAGAUUCCGGUGACUUUUUCUACAGAAACUCAGAUUCUUUCUUUGGGUGGGAAUAAGUUUUCUGGCGAUUUACCGGUUAAUUUGACUAACUUGGUCAACCUCGAACAUCUUGAUCUUCACGACAACAAUAUUACCGGAAAUUUCCAAGAUGUGAUACCUCAAAUCGUGAGUCUUCAAGUUCUAGACUUAAGAAACAAUUCCCUUAUAGGAUUUAUGCCGAAAGCGAUCUCGAACCUUGCUUCGCUCCGGAUUCUUGAUCUCUCCGGGAACAAUUUGGCCGGAAGUAUCCCACGGGAGAUCGGAAACCUUGCAAGAAUGAUAGAAACACCGGACAUGAAACCAACGGUUGACAUUUUCAACUUCUUGAUAGAGUUUCAAGACUUGCUGUUAAACUGGAAGAACUCAUUUCGAGGGUUAUCAAGUCGGAAGCUCGAUAUCUACUCUUUUUUAGAUUUGUCGAACAACAGAAUCUCCGGCGAGAUUCCGGCAACUUUAGGCAAUCUCAAAGGGCUAAAGCUGCUCAACAUUUCACACAACAGAAUCUCCGGGAAUAUUCCAGUUUCUUUCGGAAAUCUAGAGGGGAUAGAGAGCUUAGAUUUGUCACACAACGAGAUCUCGGGUUUGAUUCCUCAGUCAUUUUCGAAGCUGAAUCAACUUGCGAUUCUUGAUGUGAGUAACAAUAAGCUGAUGGGUAAGAUUCCUACUGGUGGACAGAUGAGCACGAUGAACGAAUUGAAUUCUUUUGCGAACAAUAGCGGAUUAUGCGGUAUGCAGAUUAGAAUCGUAUGUCCAGAGGAUAUCCGACCGUCAGAUGACCACGAGGUGGAAGAUGAGACACUGUCAUGGUUUUCAUGGGAGGCAACUUGGGUCGGUUUUCCGGUUGGGUUAUUUUCGUCAAUCUUGUUCAUGGCCUACUCACUGAAUUUCCUAAAUCUGUUCAAAUUUCGGUGAAAAUACGUAGCAAGAUAUCAAAUUUCUAGUCUUUAUAGCUCAA